UUCUGCGUGGUGACGUCGCGUCAGUUUGGAUGUUUGGCGGGUGCGAAGCUAACCGGCUAAGUUUGUUAGCAAAGCGCAGGUAACGAGGGAAAGAACUGUGUGAUUGACUAGCACAAUAACAAGGGGGAAACAGGGUGCAGAGCCACCAUGUUAAACGGUGGCCACUUUGUGGAGGCGCUGGGCCGUCUAGGUUAUCCAGAUGCAUCAUCGCUGAAGGGCUCUGAGUUCGACUGGCUGUUUGACUGUGCUCCGGAGAAUCUUCACUUCUUGCGCUUUGUCUGUCGGUCCCUCAACCGCAACAAUGUUCUCACCAUGGAAGAGGCCCAGGCCUUUCGGGAACUACGAAAGUCCGGCAAACCGAUUCUGGAUGAAACAGCGUUGGGAGAGGUCCUAAAAACCCUUGGACCCUCAGAUGGGAGCAGUGGAAACAUCUUAGGACACUCAUCUUCAUCCUCUGGUUUUGCAGCAGAGGGCGAUUUGGCCGUGGAGGACCUAGAGGCAGAGCUCCAAGCGCUGCGUAAAGAGAGAGAGCUGAAGCAGAGACGCUUUAAUAAGUUACAGGUUGUGGCCACCUCCCGUGCAGAUGUUGAGCUACAACUCGCUGCAGAGCUGGAGAGUGCUGCGUGCAAGCUCAAGGAGGCCAGUACUUCUAUUGGAGGUGAGAAUGCUGACACCAACACUCUGUUACAAAACCUAACGGAUGAGGUUAGGAAUCUUGCUUCAUAUGUCCCUGCUCAGCCAGAACCGGUGGCCCCGUCACACACCUCAAUGUCCAAAAGGCCCACUGUCCUCCUUUCUCAGCUGUCCUUGGAUCCUUAUCUGCACCAGGAGGAGCUCAACACCAAAACACUAGCGGCCUUCACUCAGAAGCAUUUCUUCCAGGGCAUCUCUGACAUUGUUGAGACUUCUUGCUCUGAGCGUUUCCAGGUCCUCGACCUCAGUUCUUGUGAAGAAGGUGAGGAGGAUAAGGAGGAGAACACGAAGGAAGAGCAUGAGGGGAAAGGGAAGGAUGUGCGGGUGGUGGAGCGCAGGAGGACUGAGAUGGCCAGACUUCAGUGGUCCCACAUUGUGACCCAACAUCAACUGAUGCAGGCAAUGGCAGAGGAGAAGAGUGUCGAGGCUGGGCUGGAUUGGCUGUCAGAGCAAUCAGCUCAUACUAAGAGCAUUUCCACCUCCUCCUCGCUACAUGUGCGUGAGGUCGUGUCUAGGAAGGAGCUGCAGGCUGUGGAGGCCGAGCUGGAGGCUCUUCUUCAUGGACCAGUACCUGCUGCACUGAGGGAGUCAGCCAGGCUGCUUAAUGUGCCUGUAGUGAGGGGAGACCUUGCUCUGCAAGUGGCCAGGCAGGACUACUAUACCUCCAUGCAGGAUCAGGUUCGUGACUACCUUCUCCGUCAGAAAGCGUCCUUUGACCUGGUCCUGCUGGCUCAGCAGAUGGAGCUGAGGAGGUGGAGGACGAGUCUGAAGCACCUGGCAGAAGUAAACAGCAGAAUGGUAAAGGAAGGUGAAGCAGCAACUCUCAGGAUUGAGUCCCUGGCACAUCCCGACCUGGCUAUUAACCCCAGGAUGAAUCCCAUCAUCAGCUGCAAGGAUGCAGCCUUCAGCAGACUGCUCCAGAUCCUCAACCACGAUUCAGAUCAUGGCCGAUCAGAGCCUUUUCGGACAUACGAAGCGUUGGACCAGGCCGCUCAUGACCUGGCAGGCAACCUCCAGGUGACCCGAGAUGCCUUAGCUGGUGCUGGCCGUGAACAGCACUACACCACCGCUCGCCUCAACGCUGACUGUGAUGCGCUUCACAGGGCCAUGUACACAGAGCUUCAGCAGCUGAUCUUGGGGCCUCAGGUAUGUCCAACGGCCAGCACAGAUCAGGAGCUGCUCUGCCCCAAUGCACAGGAGCUGACAUCGAAGCUUGUGGAAGCAGAGUCACAGCUGCAGAGUUUGCAAAACUUAAUGCAAGAAAUCAUGGGGGAGGUUAAAGCCAAACGUUCACAGCUGGAGCGCAAUGCCCUUCUGAGGCGGGAGAGACAAUUAUACAUCUACUUUCACUUGGAUGCCCGACUACUGCAGAAAAUAGUGGAAGAUCUGGAGGGCAAGAUGCCUGCGAAGAGGGGACAGCGAUAGUCAAUGACACAAGAAUGGAUGAGGAGAUUUUCUUAUAGUCAACUCAAACUCUUAGUGUAGUUUUUGUGCAAAGGGUGGUGAGCUAUGCAAUUGAAGCUUGAAGAGAUGCUGAUUUGAGAAGCCCCACUCUGUGUGAAACUUCCUCUGAACUUUGUCUGCGAGACGGAGAUCAAUCCUUGAAAUCCUCUUCCUCUGAACGAUGCUCAACUUGGUUGAAAAGUUUGGUUUUAUAAGAAAGUUGUUGCGUAUACGAUGACUGGGAUUCUGAAUGUCAUAUGAAGAAUCUUCCGUUAACUAAUCCCAGAAAAAUGUUGGAAUUCAUUGUCUCCAUGUUUUAAGUCAUCUGAUGAAUAAAGUAAAAUGUUCAUGUUA